CUCAAACAUAGCAUUACGUGAGUGUAAAUGAAAAGUAUCAUCGGAAAUGAAACUAAAGUAGAAUUUAAGUAGAUACAUACUUCUCACUUACACCACAACAGGCUAACAAGAUGGAAGACAAUGUAACACCAGACAUAUCUAUAGCACUGUAUCAUUAUCUGUGUCAACAUAUAGUAGGUUCAGAAGAUCAUGUUAAACAAAUCAGAUUGAUGAACGCUGUCAGGGACGAUUUAACAAGUAAUAAGAAAACAACAUUUAUAACAAGUGGAAGCUUUGGGGAAGGACUGGAUAUGCGAGGCAGUGAUUUAGAUCUAAUGCAGGUUUCAAGAACCUUUGAGGCUUAUGAAAAUAUAAAACCCUUCUUUAAUCCAAAUAUUACAUAUUUUUCAAUGGAAAGAGACGAUGUCAAACCUGGUUAUGCUCAGUUGAAACUAGAUUAUUGCAGAUCUCGGAGUGUUUUAAAACUAUGUGAAGAACAAAAUGGUAAAAUUUAUUUUUCUAGUACAUUAGAUAAACAAAAGUUCUUGUACAGUGAUAAACUUUCGAUUCAUGGACCCUGUUUAUCUGACUCGACAGGGAUUUUUGACUUUGCUUUUUGUUUACACUGUAAAACAUGGGUAUCUCCUGCAGGACAGUGGAUCACAAGAUCGAAUAACUCAUGGCCGAGUUAUAAUGUCAAGCAAAGUAUUAUAAAACACGGAGUACUUUUUGUACCGAUCGGAGUCAAAGGGUCACCAAAAGAAGAUCUAGAAUGGCGGGUAUCUUUUUCAGUUGGUGAAAAAUUUCUUAUUAAUACCUUUACACAUACUCAACUACUGUGUUAUGCUCUCUUGAAAAUCAUAUUGAAAGAUGUAAUAGCUACUUUCUCCGAAUGUGAAGAUUUACUCUGUUCUUACUUCCUGAAAACAAUUGUGUUUUGGAUAUCUGAAGAACUGUCACAGUCUGUAUGGAAACCUGAAUACAUUAUUCCUUGUUUUAUGCGAUGUUUUAGCAGGCUGAUUUAUUGUGUUGAGCACUCAGUUUGCUCACAUUACUUCAUUCCAGAGAACAACAUGUUCGAGAACAAAAUUGUAGGCCGUCCUCGUGAAGUACUGUUAGAAAAAUUAUAUAUGUUGCAUAGUUAUAAUUGGCGAUGCAUUUUAUUUUCUGAUCAAAUAUCUUCCUUUAAUUCAUCAAUUUGGAAUGUCCCCAUCGAACCGUAUACCCAAUAUUCAAAAGAAUUUGAAAAAGUACUUACAUCCAGAUUAUUGCAUUUUACAAAUAUUUCCUUUGGAUUUUCGACAUCGAAUAUAAACAAUGUAAGGAUGAAACAGAUAAUUUUGUGUCAGCAGUCUUCCGGAUCUUCUAUUAAAGACGUGUAUAACUUCUACAUAUCAAAGUGGUGUCAAGAACAUGCCCAGUCUGUACCACUUAUUAGUACAUUAAGUAAUAACAAAUACCAAUACAAACAAUACAAAUCCUGUCUUAGUGUUGUCACAGAUAAUAUAUAUCAUGACGCUGUAUCUGGAUGGCUGAUGGUUGCUUCUCUUUUCUAUAAGACAAAACAGUACAGUGCAGCCUUAAACAUAGUCAGUUAUUCUUUAUCGAAAUGUACUCCUGAAAAACUCUGCCACUUUAUGACGUUUUCGGAUAUCCAUUACCAGUUGCUAAAACUACAAACAUUUCAGAAAAAGAGUUUAGUAUAUUUGCUGAAAACGUUGGUUGUGGGCUAUACACAAUUUGAAGAGAAUUCUACGCUUAUACCAGAUGAACUUCAAAUGAACCAAUUGAAUACAUUUUAUACAUUUCCAUCUACAGCGUAUGCUUACUUCCUUAAUUUCCUUUGUUAUUAUCAUCUCAAUGAUGUCAGACAAUGUCAAGAUUCCCUCAAAGGUUUACAACUGGUUAUAGAUGAAGGUUAUUUUAUGGUUAAUGUAGAUUUGAAAGCAGAAGCUUAUUAUCUAUUGGGAAUCGCUCUACAGUUAUUAGGCGAUAUGGAAUCCGCAAGACACGUAUUUUUAAAAUCAGUUAAAUUAUGCCCGGACGAAUUGUAUAAUUCUGCUGGAAAGAGACUUUUGUUAAUGAAUUAAGGAAAUAGACCUAAGUCAAGAGAAAUAACUCUUAAAAUUAUCAAUACGUUUGUGUCAACCACUUUCAUAAAUACAUUCGAUGAUUCUAGGUUACAUGAUUGAUGAAACCUGACUUUUACUUUUAACGCAUCACUGAUUUAAAGAGUUAUCUCCCUGACAUAAGGUCUACACCUUAAUUGUAACAGUUGUUAAAUUACCAAAAUUAUGACAUUUGUACUUUUUUUGUGUACGAGGCAGAGUAAAAUAUUUGUAUAUACGUUCAAUAUAUAAUUGUACUAAGAAAAGUGUAAUUAGUAUUUUAUGGAGCAGAAAAAUUACAUAUCAUAUAAAAUAUUGAUUAAUUUACAUUCAACUUUGUUGAGAAAGAAGUCACUUUGAAUAAUUAAAUAAUGUCAUAUAAAUGUUUAAUUAUGUUGUUUUUUUCGUUUUUCUUUUUUAUCAUGGCGUUGUCAGUUUUUUGCGGCAGAGUACGCGGCUCCAGAUGCACAAUUGUUUGUUAAAUCUGUUUUCUAAAAAUGAUGACAAAAAACGGCACUGAAUUUCGAAGAUGAACAUUUAAUAUUCAAAUAUCUGCACAUGCAUUUACAAUUGUAAACAGACCAUGUUUAUUUAUUUUUGGUUCUUUUACACAAAGUUUCUAAAUUGCAAAUCUAGUUACUUCGAUUGCAUUUCUUUCUAACACAAACGAUGCAAACGGCUAAGCGCGCAUGUUUUAAUCAUUUGCUUCUAACGUACGUUUGCAAAGUUUGCAAACUAUGCACUCGCUAAAAAUGCGUCUACAGUUUGUCGUUCAUCGUUUGUUAGUACAAACGCUACAUUUGUUUCUUAUUUCAACCUUGAAUUUCAGUAAAAUUAAAAGAAACAUUUGACCAAUUUGCAAAAAAGACAAACAAUGCAGUGAAAUAUUCGCCCUAGUGCCUAUCAUAGCAAAUAAACGUAAGAAAAAUAUAAGAGCAUAACUUGCUAAAACAAGGCAAUAGUUAGGAUAAUUUUGA